UUGGGGGCAGGACCGGAGCGUAAUAUGGCCCAGAAGUUUCUUCGUCUUCUGCGUGGUCUCCACCCUGGCCAGGACGUCCUCCACCGGACCGAACAAGGAGUCCUUCGAGAUCGGUGCUCCGAUAAGCGCACAACGCACAUGGUCAGCUGGAUCGAACCACCGAAGCACAGCCCCCGGCCUUCAUGAACGUCUUUGGCAUCAAAAGUGUCCUUGGAGAAGGCUAAAGGGUCGAGGAAGCCUGCCAGUGUGGCCACGUUGUUAGCGAGAGCCCUGACCUGAAUGCCGCCAGCAUAGCCUCGAUCCGACAGAACAGCCGUCAGUCGGUCGCGGGCUCCCGCUGGCCUAUCUGGGUGAGAGCCCUCGGGCGCCAGGCAGGGCCUCGGAGUGGAAGUAACCAACAGCGGAGCCCGUUAGAGGGCGGAGCACGGAUGACACAGAACUUCAUCAACUGUCGCUGCCCAUGGUCACGUGGCGGUGACAUGCCUCAGCCUUCUCCCAGUCAGCUCACCCUGGGGAGGCAGCUUUGAUUCCAAAUGGACUCGAACAGACUGACAUGAACAAGUUGGCGAAUGGCAGGUCUCAGAUGCGUCUGUGAGGGCCUGUCAGCAGGAGGGUGUGUGGACGCCGGAUUAGAAUGACUCAGCCAGGAACACGACACGGAACACAAAACACGCGUUCAGUUUCAUCAGGGAAACCAACUGGAUUCAAUCAAAAAUAAACAUAACUCUGUUCUUGCGAGUUUCAUGCAUUGGGAUGCGUGUAAAACGUCAAGCACGAUGAAGGUCCUCCAGACUCCCUGUUCACUGAACAUUGUUCCAGCCAUUUGUUUGGAGCAAAGUGCCUUUGUUCUUCCCACAGGGGCACGUUUGCGAUGGCAGCAUGUGACCAUUAAAGACAUGGCAGACAUGCCAAUCCUACUGGGCUGCAGGCAGCCAGGUUUGCUCUUUUAGAAUUGCCACGAAAACAUGUGGAACACGGCUGGCCAGCGCACGUGUGCAUGUUUGACCGUCCAGUCCCCACACCCACACAGUUCGCGCAACUGAUUGAUUGUACAGCAAGUGCAGUGGAUCGCUGCGUUGACAUCUUUUUAUUGAUAAAAAAAGGUCUUUCAUAGGUGUGAAACGGAGUCCAUAUUGACGAUCAUCAUUUUACUGCAGAAAUAUGGAUUUAUUGAACAGUAACGCAGAGGAAGUGAUACGAACAGUAUGGUUGGUUUGAUUGAUUGAUAAGUUGGUCUUUGCCGUUGCAGCCACUCUGCAGCGCGUCUUCAUCACGAUCAAAGCUGGAGGAUACGACAAGGACACAUGCAAGUGAUAGACCCAGAUAUUGGCACUACAGAUCCAUGCGUGUCAGUUAGCAGAGUAAAUGAUAGCAGCCAACACCGACAGAUGUUCCGACCGCUUCAGAGAUUCAACAACGCCGCUCAGCACCUGCGGUGAACACGGUUACAUCGCGCUUCAUUGAAAAUGCACGACACUUUGCGUACUCGUAGUACUUGACCUUCUGGACAAGAAUCUGGACUCCGUUUUUUAAGGACAUGUUUUUUAGAACAGUAAAAUAGCUGCGUCUUGUCACUUUCUGCGCCAUUAGUUUGCAGUCUACCGUAAACACUGGAGUGUUCGCGCAGCAGCGUUUCGGACUGGCUAGAUAGUUGUGAACGCGGGGUGAUGGCGACAGAAACGAGGUCGAAAAUAACGUGACAGUGAGCGAGUUAAGCAAAUGUCUAAAAUCGUGGACAAAUACUAUGCAGGUCAUUCUUUGAAACGCACUCGGCGGCUGCGGCGGAACUGCAGUGCUGGCGUGUUGACGGGGACCGUUUAUGAGCGAGCUCACAACAUCCGGCCGCGUCCACGGAGGCCCUCAGCCUCCUGCAGCGACCUGCAGCAUGAACCGCUUGGCCUCCUCGGUGUCGGUGGAGCAGUACCUCGCGCGGAGUCACGUGCUCUUCUACCUGAGCGACGCGGUGACGCAGCUGCUGGAGCACAAGGACGAAUACACGCAGUUUGGAGUCACGCGAUACUUGGCUGAAUAUUUCAGCAGUGUGAAGAACAGCAACCAUGUCCUGUUCCGGGAGUUCGGCUACGUCCGAGCCACGCCUCACAACCGAGCCUCCUUCCUCAGGGUCUUCUGGAGGUGCUACAGGCAGAUCGGCAAGAGCGGAGACCUCCUCUCGGCGCUGGAGUUCCGCUCUCUGCUGCAGCUGCUGUGCCCAGACUUCCCCGUGGACACGGUCCGGAGCGCUGCCAGGAUCGUGCUGAUGGACGACGCCCUGGACUGUCUCAUGUCCUUCCCUGACUUCCUCUUUGCCUUGCAGCUGCAGCUCUACUACCAAGAGUUCCUGGACAGCGUGUUGCUCAUCUACCAGGACCUGUUGGCUGGCAAGAGUCCCAACACCGUCAUCGUCCCCACGUCCAGCUCAGUGGAACUGCUCCCCUCGGUGGCGGCGGCGGCGGCGGAGGAGGAGCAACAGCCACAGGAGGAAGUGGACGCUGCCACGCUGGCCCAGUGUGUGGACACGCUGUGCGAGCGCUUCAGACACAGUCACCCUCCGAGGUCAUGUCUGAGAGAAAUCCUGGACCAGGCUGAUAAAAUCUCAUACUACAGUCUUCUGAUGGCUCUGGCCAAACAUGAAGCCGUCAAUCAAGCCAUUGGGGCGCUGCCCAGUAAGCCCGACCUGUUGGUGGACCCAGAGAUGGACCAGGAGCUGGACAAGCUCAUCGCUCAGGUGUCCAUCAGUCCCAGCAGCAACAGCAGCGGCAGCGCGGUGGCCGUGCUGAAGGAGGUGCCCAGGAAGGCUUCGCCGCGCAGGAACAUCCACCACCGCAGGAGGAUGGAGGUGGAGAGCGACGGCUCCACCGAGGAGACCGACUCCUCGGAGAACUGAGGAGUCCACCCACCCUCAGAAGCCCUCCCACCCCCUGGCUGGUCUUCUCCAGGUGGACUGCAUCAUGUGAUCACGGCUGGCCAACAGGAGGCGCUCCACACCUGAGACCCAGCUGCUGUUUCUCACUCGUCAGCUUGUAAACAUGUUUAUUUAUCCACAAGAGUCUUCAUCAUCAUCAUCUUCAUCACUGUGCUUCGCGUCGGGUCAUGCUCAGACACGUCUGGACUCCAUAUACUGUAUUGAUGCGGAGGUUAUAUUUACACACCGACGGAAGGGCAGCGGGUCACAGCGACCUCUGGUGGCGCGGCGGAACCUGUUCGUGUGUCCUUACUGUUCCCCCGAUUAAAGCAGCUCCAUCACCA